AUGUCGGUCGUUUUUGCCUUAAUGGUUGUCGUUCUCACACCUUUUGUGGUUGAUGUAACUAGUACAAAUGGAAGUGAAAUAGCUGCAUUUGGUUCUACGAAGGCCGUGGUUGGUAACACAACAUCAAUCGUUGAAGCCUCAACUACCAAUUCAACUGAUGAAGUACCCAAAUUUGAAUUUGUUUGCAAUGGUACGAUUAAUGUUAUUAUUCAAGCCAGAAUGGAGCUCUUCAUCCCGUAUUUUGAUGGACAAUCUAUUCAAACCAAAUCUUUUGUCGUUGGCAAGAACGCUAGUGUUUUUGGCGGUUGCGGAGACGAGGUCGAAAAUAUUUUAUUUCAGUGGUCUCCAAACGCUUCAAAUGUUCCUUUUAAUUUAACUAUGGUUAUUCAGAAGUUACCAAGAUCUCCUUCAAGAAGUGGCAGUACCGUCGUUCACGCCAUCGGCUUUGACUAUUUCGUUUCUUCUGACGUCUUUCCUCAUACCAACUCGACGGGAGCACUUUCGGUUUCUGUUAAUGGUUCAUUCUUUGAAACUCCUGGGACAAUGGGUUUUACAUGUGCUCCAAGUCAAAAUAUUUCACUCUCCGGUGGUGUGAUUUUCGGUGUUUCCUGUCUCCACUUGGAAGCUUUCCGCAACUCAACGUCUAAGGACUUUAGCUGGAAAGCUCUUGAUUGUAUGGACGCUCCAGCAGUCAACAAGGUUGUUCCUAUAAUUGUGGGCGUAUCGGCUGCGAUUCUAAUUCUGCUGGUUAUCGUGGCGUUCCUGAUAAGCAAUCGUCGACGAGUUCAAGGGUACCAAAGCCUAUAA